CAACCAUUCGAAGACUCAACACCACAAAAAAAAAUUCAACAUGAAGGGAUUCAUCUUUUUCUUCGUUUUCGUCGCAUCAAGCGUUUUCGCUUAUGAAAUCGUUUCUGAUGGUGAACAAGAAUAUCUUUUGGUUCCUUUAGAUUCUGGAGUUGAAGCGACAAGAACAAAAAGGCAAACUUCAGGAAUUUACGAUAGUGCUAGUAAAAGAGGUACUAUUACCCACACUGGUACAUUACUUAAUAAUAACAAUCAUAAUCUUAUGGGAACUGGGGCUAUCUCUGGAGGAAGACACCAACCCGUAGGAAUCGGAGGCGGUUUAGAUUACACCCACAAACCAAGUGCGAGUACUUUCAGUGCUUCAGCUAAUCAUCUUCGAGGAUUUGGAACUGACGUUGGUGCAUCUGGUCGUUAUAACUUUGUGAAUAAACCAAAUACGCAAGCUUACGUUGGAGGUAAUUACAACAGACAUUUUGGGGGACCCUUUGGAACUGGAAGACCUAAUUAUGGAGCUUUUGUCGGUUUAACUCAUAGAUUUUAAUUCGUAUUCUCAAUUUAUUUAUUAUUUACUUUUAAAAUGUUCCUAUAAAUAAAUUAAAAAUUUUAUAUAAA